AUGCUCCCCGCUGCACGAGUGCGUUGCUCCUCGCUGCUGCUGUCAACCUCCAGACGUGCCUUCGCCAGGUCGUACAACACGCUCCCCAAAAACCCACAGGACGCAAAGGCUCGGAUCCAGUGGCGCGAGAUGGCUGAGAAGGAUAUCUCCAAGUACCUGCAGCAGACCCACGACCGGGUGUUCGAGCACAACCGAGCCUGGGCCGAGGAGAAGAAGAAGAAGGACCCCGAGUUCUUCUUCAAGCUCUCCGCCGGCCAGGAGCCCGAAUACCUGUGGAUAGGAUGCAGUGACUCACGCAUCCCCGCGGAGCAGAUCACCGGCCUGGACCCGGGCGAGGCCUUUGUGCACCGCAACAUCGCCAACCUCGUGUGCAACACCGACCUGAACGUUAUGAGCGUCAUUAACUACGCCGUCCGCCACCUCAAGGUCAAGCACAUCAUCGUCUGCGGGCACUACGGCUGCGGUGGUGUUAAGGCCGCCAUGACGCCCAAGGACCUCGGCCUGCUCAACCCCUGGCUGCGCAACAUCCGCGACGUCUACCGGCUGCACGAGGGCGAGCUCGACGCCAUUGCCGACGAGUCGGAGCGCUACAACCGCCUGGUCGAGCUCAAUGUCGUCGAGCAGUGCCGCAACGUCAUUAAGACUGCCGCUGUGCAGCAGUCGUACGCCAAGAACCAGUACCCUGUCGUCCACGGCUGGGUCUUCGGGUUCCACGAUGGCCUCCUCAAGGACUUGAAGAUUGACUUCGAGUCCAUGCUCCAGAGCAUUCAGAAGAUCUACAACUUGACUGACGACCAAUGA